AAUUGCGAAAGAAUGCCCGCCACAAUUUCUCAGAGCCCGAGAUGAUGUCUUUGAACUUUGUGUUUUAUUCAAGCAGCAGUUCAGACCAAAUAAAAAGAAAAGCUGCAGCAUCACAUUUUAGAAUUAAUCUAUUCAUUGUUUUAGCUCUCAUCAUUGUAUUUUUUAUGAUGUGAAACAUUUCUCAGUAUUACUCACGUUACAAAUACAAAUGAAAUCUUUUGUUGCAGUUUGAAGUGAUUAUGCACACCUGUAUUUUUAAAAAAGUAUAUAAAAUGAAGACUUGCUGGGCGAGUUCCUCUGCCUUGAUUUGAAUCAGCUAUAACACACGUCUGAAAACAUACACAUGAUGUGGGGCAUGACUCAGGAAGUGGUGAUGAAACAAAGGCAGAGAAAGCAGAAGUGUGUCUGGCACAACUCAGACAGUCAGUCAGACAGGCACACUCAACGUUUGAUAAGAGACUGCUAUCCGUGAGCAGCGGCAGCGACACCAUGACAAACUGUUCGCUUGACGUGGUGGACAACCUGAUGAGAUAUUUGGAGCUGGCCAUAUACCUGCCCAUCUUCCUCAUUGGUCUGAUUCUCAAUGUUGCAGCGCUCUUAGUGUUCUGCUUCUUUCUGCGGAAAUGGACAGAGUCAACUAUCUACAUGACUAGCUUGGCUUUGAUGGACCUGCUCCUCCUCUUCCCUCUUCCCUUCAAAAUGCACGCCAGCUAUCACAGCUGGCCUGCUAACCUCCAACCUCUGUGUUCGGUCUUGGAAAGCCUGUAUUUUGUUGGGAUAUAUGGCAGCAUCUACACCAUCAUGUGUAUAGCUGUGGACCGAUGGGUGGCUAUCUGUCACCCGUUCAAAGCCAAACAACUGCGUUCACCCAAAGCGGCUCUGGGGACAUGCACGGGGGUCUGGGUGCUGGUGCUGGCAGCGAUCUUUCCAACCAUCUAUCGCUUCAGAGAGGCCGGGCAGGGGGACUUCCGCUGUUUCCACCAGUUUUCAGAGAAAGGCUGGAGCCCUCCGGUGAUCAUCUGUCUGCAGGUGUUUGGGUUCCUGGCGCCUGCACUGGUGGUGGUUUACUGUUCGGUGCAGACCAUCUGGGUGCUUCAGCAGUCCGGCCAGCACAGCCCCCAGAGCCGGGCCUGUGUGAAGAUCAUCUACAGCAGUCUGAGUGCCUUCCUGCUGCCUUUCACUCCCAGCCACCUGGGCAUCCUCCUGCAGUUCCUGGUACACCAAGGAAUGAUUCAAGACUGCGGCAACAAGACCAGGAUUAGCCUGUUUAUACAGAUAGCUAUGUGUCUGUCCAACAUCACCUGCUGUCUGGACGCUCUGUGCUACUACUUCAUCGCUCGUGAGGUGAGGAGCACCAAACACACCUUCAGGAUAUCAAUGAUCAGCCAAAGAAGAGCCACCUUCAGCACUUCUGAACACAAAGACAAUACAAGGUAAAACAUAUAUCUGUCCUCAUUGGAUGCCUGGUGGUGAAUACGAGAUCUGACAUCUUGAGUUUUAGCAGGACAGUGAAACUGAAAAAGAGCCAGUAUUGUUUCCAGUAGCUGAUAAGCAAGUGUAACAUGUACUAAGAGUAACAGGUCAGAGUGCAAGCUCAACUAACCACAGAGCUUGAGAGUAAGGUUUAGAAGGGAAAGGAUCUGACAAUCUCUGGUACAUGAUUUGGUCCAGUGACAGGAAGCACCGUAGACGCCUGUGUAACCUCAGAGAGCUCCGAUACCCAAAAUGUAGGCUGCAAAACGAAAAUCCACCAAACAAGCCACAAUGUGACUUCUUCCUGUAAUGAUUUAUGGAUGAGCUUGCGAGAUGGCUUAAGGCACUUUCAGGUCAUCUGGUCCUGCACACUGAGAACCUGAUGUGGGGUACGAUUCAUUUCAAAGCAGUGGAACCGGGAACCAGCAGCUCAUUGCAGAGCUUUGUAGUCUUCUGUAUAUGCUCAAGAAGUCAAGUCAAAGGCGCUCUAACUGUUCUGAAGACCAAGCAUUUAAGAUCAGGGCUGAUACACUUCACCACAAUUUGAUUCAAAAGAUACAGUUAGUGGGCAAUCUCUAGUUCACCCGGUAAGAGGUGCGCCCCAUGUAGGCUGAGUCCUUGGCAGCGGCCCGGGUUCAAAUCCAACCUGCGGCCCUUUUCUGCGUGUCAUCCCCUCUCUUUCUCUCCCCCUUUCCUGUCUAUCUACUGUCACUAUCAAAUAAAGGGAAAAGUCCCCAAAAAAUAAUCUUAAAAAAAUAAAAAAAAGAUACAGUCAGUAAAUUGUGAAACUUCUUAUAAGACACAGCUAAUUAUGAUAAUCAGUUUUUAUUUAUGUUGCAUAUAUAAAAUGCAGAGUUACAUAAAAAGUAAAUAAUUAACAAAAAUGAAACCCACGUAUUAAAGUAUUCACUUACUUAGUAUAUGAAUAAAUCAAGACACCAACCAGUUGAGAUCUGAAAACACAUGAAGCAAUUUAAUUGACAAUUAUUUAUAAUAACUAUAGCUUAAUGACAACAGAUUUUUUUAUAAACUUGAACUGAUACUUAAAUAAUUUUAUUGCUUUCUAAUUGUUGAUUUUUUUUUAGUUUGGUUCUUUGGCAGAUUGUGACUUGUUAAGAAAUAUUACUGACUUGUAAUACAUAUAACUACAUCUAUCAUCAUUAAUAAGAAACUGGAAAUAUAGCAUCAGAAAUAUAUUUGAACCCAUACAUUCUGGGAAUUCUGACAUUAUAUUACAUACAUUACAUUCAUGUAUCCAUCCUGUAAAUUAUUAUAUAAAUAAUGCCUGAGGCUGAGUGACAAAUAGAUUUUAAAUGUAUCUCUGACCUUAUUAAUGCAUACUCAAAUUAUGUUCAAGGGGGAUAAUACUAACACAUUUCCUAUAAUUGUCCUGAUACGAAUGAGGAAGCAAAUAAGGCGAAAAGUCUGCUGAACGUUUCAGGAAUGCAAAUUGACUGACUGUGUUUAUCAACUUCCUUCGACUUACCACAAUGUGUGUAUGACAUGCUAUUAUUCAUGACACAUGUAAACUAUAAGUUUAUAUUUGAAUUGUUUUAUUUAAUUCUUUACAAUGUAGCUUCAAAUGUGCAAUAGUAUUAAAAUUGUUAAAAGCCAACUGUUAAUGGCCUCACCUGUGUAGUAAGAUCAUAAGACUGUUUUGAUAUUAGUAUGUUUACAGGAGGACAUUUGAUUUAUGUGAAUGUAGUCAAAGCUAAACUCAAAUAGAAAGUUGCAUGUGCAGUACAUUUGGCCGCUCUCUGUCUUAUUUUGCUCAUGUUGAACAAAGUCACCUUUUGGUAACAGUUGAAGGGGUUCUUACGCCCGAUUAGGGGAUUUACUAUAUUAAUGCAAUUUUUAUUGUAUCAAAUAAUCUCUUCCAAAACCAGAAACAAGACAUGAAACUCAUGUUUUGUUUACUUGCAUUAAUUGUGUCUCGAUACUUUCAUUUUGCACAAGCCUCAUCUUUGCUGAGUUUCAGUGUUAUUUGUUUGUGAUAAUUCAGUUUUGUUUCUGUUUUAAUUUCUGUUUCUGUUAUUUUUCCUUAAGUAAAAUUUAUCGUGGAGAUUCUUGAUCUGGCUCAGACAUCAUGAUGUAAAGAUUUUCAAUUAAUAUUUAUCAGAGCAAAGCCCUUAACAGGUAGAUAAUGUUGAUGUUUGUAUGUUUAUACCAUAUGCUUUACUUCUAUGGCUGUUUGUUCUGAAACUUAAAGCUCAAAUUUACAUUAUGACAACACGUGUGUCAGUUUGGCCGUUGAAGAAAAUGACAGAAAUUACUUUACUCAACAAUUUGUAUGACAUGAAACCAUAUAUUCUUCUUCCAUUUUAAAGUGAAAUAAAGCUUAC